AUGGACUCGAAAUCUCCAUUAUCUGUAUAUUUCUAUAAUAAUAAUUAGGCAAGUGUCAUUUCAUUUAGAAAUGAUCCAAAUGAUGAUACUAUCUAUUAUAUGAUACAAGUCAAAAAUAAAACAAGUGAUAUAUGGUAAUUAGAAAAAAGGUAUUUGCGAAAUCUAAAAUAGAUUUUCUCAAUUUGAAGACUUAGCCAAAAAAUUAAAAGUUCUCUUUGGUGAAUAAUUGCCUACACUUCCUAAAAAGAAAUAUAUAACAUUUUUAGUUGGUAAAACACCAGAAGACUUAGAAAAAAGAAAGGCAGGUUUAGAUGAAUUCAUACAAGUAAGAAUACUAUAAUAAUAAUAAGAAUUUAGCAAGCAGACCUGAAGUAGUUGCAUCUGAACCACUAAAGUAAUUUUUAGAAAUUGAAAAGAAUGCAAAAGAGAUUAUAGUGAAUCCUCCAAAAUAAAUAUUUGAGUUCAAAGGAUUCUUGCAUGGAAUAAGAGAUUUUACAAUAAGUUCAGAAUAAGGAUUAAUGUUUGUUAUUACAUCAGAUUGUUCAGUUAUGAAUAGAUUAGAUGCUUAUUUAACAAAUAUGAAAGCACCAUGGGAAUCUGAAAAAGGAGAUUAAGCAUUAAUACCUGUUGGAUGUGUUGAAUGUUGGUUAUAAUAAGAGAGUGGAGAAUUUUAAAGAUUAUGGGUUAAAAUGUACAAUUCUUAAGCCAUAACUUGUUAUUGGGAUGCAACAGCUUCUGUAUUACUUGUAGGAUUAGAUAGUGGAUCAAUAAAUUAUUUAUAUGUACCAGAAAAGGAAGGUUUUAAGAAAUUCACUGAGAGUAUGGAAAUUGAAUAACAUACAGACAGAGUUAUGGGAUUGUAUUAUGAUAAUAAAAGGAAAUAUUUACAUUCAAUAUCAAAAGAUAGAAAAUAUAGAGUUUUAAAUCUUAGAAAAGGAGAAUUAGUAGCAGGUAAUUAAUAAUAAAUUAUAAUUUAGAUAUUGAACCUGAUUAAUAUGAAUUGACAUGUCUCUUAGGUAGUGAAGAAAGAAAGAAAACAUUUGUAGGAGAUAGACAUGGAGAAAUAUUUAUUUAUGAUAUUGAGAAAGUAUAUUAUUUAUAUUAAAACAUUUUAGAAACGACCUAAAUUAAUUAUUAAGAUUCCUACUACUUAAUUGUUUAUUAGAGGGUUUUUUAUAGAUAAUUAAAGGAAUUAUCUAUUUUCAAUUAGUCAUGAAAAUGGAGUUAUUUUAAUAGUAGAUAUAUAAUUACCUGGAAGAGAGUAAUAUGCUAAAGAAGUAGCUUAAUUAAAUGGUAAAUCAAAAAGUAGAGAAAUUGGAUGGUCAUCAAAAAGAGGUGAAAUUUAUGUUGGUAAUAUUGAUGGUACUGUUACUAUAUGGGAUGCUCGAAAAUCUCAAUAAUUAUGUAUUAUAUUUUAUUAUUACUUAGAUGUAUUAAAAGCUCAUGAUUCUGAUAUUACAAAAUUAUAAUGGUUAGAUGCUGAUUAAACUCUUUUGACAGCUGCUAAAGAUAAAGUAAUCAAGGUUUGGUCAAUGCCUUAAUAUUGGAGAGAUCCAAAAAUUGUAGAAAAAGAAUUAGAAUAGGAUUAAUUAUAAGCUAAACAAUAAAAUGUUGAAUAGUUUUAUAAAAAAGCAUAAUAACAAAUUGAUCAAAAAUUCUAAGAUGAUGAUGAUGAUGAUAUGGCAGUUUGGCAUAAGGAUUAAUAAAGAUAUUCAGACACUAAGUAUGAAGAUAUUAUUGAAUUAAAAUGA